AUGGAGUUUCAUGGAGCUCUAGUAGCUAGUCCGGGCAUGGGCCAUGCAGUACCCAUCUUAGAACUUGGCAAACGUCUCUUGAGCCACCACGGUUUCGACCGUGUUACUGUGUUCCUAGUCACAGAUGAUGUCUCACGCUCAAAAUCCUUAAUUGGUAAAACGCUUAUGAAAGAAGAAGAUCCAAAGUUUGUGAUCAGGUUUAUUCAGCUCGAUGUUUCGGGCCAAGAUCUUACGGGUUCGCUUUUAACUAAACUAGCUGAGAUGAUGAGGAGGGCAAUACCACAUAUCAGGUCUGCGGUCAUUGAGUUGGAACCGAAACCUAGUGUCUUCGUAGUUGACUUGUUGGGCACGGAAGCUUUAGCGGUGGCUAAGGAGCUUGAGAUCACGAAGAAACAUGUUUUGGUAACUACAAGUGCUUGGUUUCUAGCUCUAACGGUUUACAUGGCGAGUCUUGACAAGGAGACUUUGUAUAAGCAUCUGAGUAGCAACGGAGUGUUGCUUAUACCGGGAUGCAGCCCGGUUAAGUUCGACAGGGUUCAAGACCCGAGUAACUAUGUCCGGGAACUCGCGGAGUCACAGAGAAUCGGGCUUGAGGUAUUAACCGCAGAUGGGGUGUUUGUGAACACGUGUCAUAGUUUGGAGCCAGUGACGAUCAGUUCCUUCUUGGAUCCAGAGAAUCUCGGUCGGGUUAUGAGAGGAGUGCCGGUUCACCCUGUUGGACCGCUGGUUAGAUCAGCAGAACCGGAUUUGAAGCAUGAGGUGCUGGACUGGCUUGACUUGCAACCCAAGCAGUCUGUUGUUUAUGUCUCUUUCGGAAGUGGUGGUGCACUGACAGCCGAGCAGACAAUGGAGCUGGCGUACGGUUUGGAGAUGACCGGGUUUAGGUUUGUUUGGGUGGUCAGACCACCCGCUGAAGACGACCCGUCUGCUUCAAUGUUUGACAAAACAACGAAUCAGACAGAACCACUUGACUACUUACCUUACGGGUUUUUAGACAGGACCAAAGACAUAGGUUUGGUGGUCAGGACAUGGGCCCCGCAAGAGGAGAUCCUGGCACAUGAAUCAACGGGAGGGUUUGUGAGUCACUGCGGAUGGAACUCUGUUUUGGAGAGUAUAGUGAACGGUGUGCCGAUGAUAGCUUGGCCUCUGUACUCAGAGCAGAAGAUGAACGCGUGGUUGGUUUCAGAGGAGCUGAAGAUCGCCGCUAGGGUUGAUGCUGGCAAUGGAGUUGUGAAGAAAGAAGAGAUAGUUGAAGUGGUGAAGAGAGUGAUGGAUGAAGAAGAAGGCAAAAAGAUGAGAAAGAAUGUUAAGGAACUGAAGAUGAAGACAGCAGAGGAAGCUGUCAAGCAGAUCUCAACGCCUCAGGCUGAUUACUUCACUCAAUACUAA